AUGUCCAAGAAGCCAUCGAAAACCAGAACUACUGCACAAGAAGAAAUAGAUCAAACUCGACUGGAUGCCAAAUCUUUUGAAGCUGUCCGCAAUUUACACCUGAACUGGUACAAUUACGCUCUGAAAGCUUUAAUUGGGCAAAUGGGAAAACAACUCUACGAACACCUAAGGCCAGAUGAGCGCCGGAAGCUGGCAAAAUGCUUAUACAAAGUUGAUGAAAAAUCCUCUUUAAUUGAAGGUGCUAAAUGCUUAAUACGUAUUCGAAAAAAAGCAAAAGCAACACGUCAGAAUAACGGUUGUGGAAAUCUGGAAACGGACCAUCUUUUUUGCGAUGAUUCAAAGCUAUCUUUUAUUACCACAAAAUUACCCAAAAACGCUACUGUAGCUACUGAUAGCAAUACAGUUAAUACUUUGAAUCUGCCGAAAAAACAAGCAACGGCAACGCUAGACACCAAAAAUUUUACAGUCAUCAAGUUAGAUGAUAUUAGCCAAGAAUUUUUCAAUAGGCAUAAGAUGGAGUUAAAUGUGCUUGCCCAGCGAGAUAAUCCUAUGUAUGUGGCCAGCGAUUCAAAAAUUCCAAAUUCUACAUUGAGGUUAGACAGCGAUAAAAGAAUGUCAAAUCGCCUAACACUACUGGCAAAAAGACAGAAACGACAGAUAAAAAAACUGAGGAAGUUCCAGAAAGUUUCAGAUGAAGAAACAUUUUUAAAAUAUCUCUCACGUGCGACAAAGCGUAUUGUACGACAACUGGUGAUAAAAAUGAAGCUGCUUGAUAAAAUCCCUGAUCCAUUCCAGAAAUCAGCCAUUCAAAAGAUAGCAAAAUUAAUCCGAGUAAGUGUACAUGGUGAAAAUGUGGAAGAAAACGCUGAAAAGUGGCUUAACUCGUAUCAAAAGCUCCUCGAGUUUAGAAAAAAGUUUGAAGAAAAGAAGGCGUUACCGGGAGCUAAGGUGUACCAGAAACGACUGUAUGAUAUCGUUCUUGAAGAUCACUUAGAUGAUAAAAAAAAGUUUUCUCAGCAUACGGCUCCAGACUUCAUAACGUUGGCUCUGUCACUAAUGAAUACGUUAAAAUUGAAUAAUACAGACGAUGAGUUUUCAAGCAUUAAAUUUUUAAGCCCCCGUUUCGCGUCUGUAAUGCCGGACAAGGUAAAUGCUAAAUCCACAAUUCUCUCUCCCUCAGUUCUAUCGUUCUACGAAGACGACAAUCCAAACAACAUUGCAUCGUUGCCAAAAAUCCUAGAUAAAGCCGGAAUGGAAAAACAUGACCGUGAUACUGUUGUUGAAGUAAUGAUGGACGUCAGUGGAGCCAAAAAUACUGUUAAUAUGGCUUUAGAAUUGAUGAAAACUAUCAAUGCCACUGAAAUCACUCAGCAAACUAUCGAGGCAACCUCAAAACUGGAUGAUGCUUUUAAGAAUCUAGAAGCAAGUUUUGAUGCGCAUCAGAAGUCUGAAAUAAACAGCAACGGUUUUACCUUUUUAGAACCGGAUCAACUGGAAACUAUUAUGCAAAAAUAUGGAGUUGAUCAACCAGAAAAAGUUGGUUUUGAUAUUGAUAGUUAUCGCAACCAAUCAAAGGGUGAACGACAUAGUAACCUAUGGAAAACACUUGAACUAAUUGCAUAUAAUAACACACAUCGAAGAAUGAAAAGAGAUGAUCCCGGCGUACUAGUCGCCUUAACUGUUCUGAGGCCUAUAAUACUGUCACCAUACUUAUUUGCUCCAGUGUUCGGCUUGUCAAUUUUAGGCCCAGUGAUCUUAUCACCUAAUCUUUUCAGUCCACUGAUUUUAAAUCCUUCAGUUCUUGGUCCAUUUAUUCUCAGUCCUUCAAUGUUUACACCAUUCAUACUUUCACCAUUCGUCUUCUCUCCAUACAUUUUAUCACCAGUAUUUGCUGGACCUUUUAUUUUAACUCCAUACUGUUUAUCACCAAAUAUUAUGAAUCCGUAUGUGUUUAGUCCGCUCAUUUUAAGCCCUUAUGUAUUAAGUCCUGAUAUUUUAUCACCACAAGCACUUGGCGGUCCAGUUCUGUCUCCAAACGCUUUUUCACCAGCAGUUCUAACAAAUGCCGCUCUUAUGACCAGUGUCCUCUCACCAUCUUUCAUGUCAUAA